CAUUUGUCUCAUUCAGUAUGCGAUCGCCACAUCGCGACUGCCAGUAAGUAGAACGUUUUUGAUUCAUGAGAUUUUGGUUAACAGACCUUUUGCGCGUCAACAGGACGAUGAAGGCACUUGGUCUGUAAAAUAGGACGCAUUUUUCACGGACUGGUCAUUACUAUAUCGGUUAUGGAACAAAGAGGACAACGCAGAUCCCGGAGGGAGCGACACUGUUGGUUUGCCAUCAUGGUGGUUUUGGACGUUUUAUGGAGUGGAGCUUUUGCUCACAUCAGAUAUUCUAUAUCCGAGGAGGUUGAAGAAGGAACCGUUGUCGGCAAUAUUGCUAAGGAUCUGGGUCUAGAUAAGAGUGUACUGAGAGAGCGAGGAUAUCGCAUUGUAGCAGGUUCGACUGAACCCUUGUUUCAGGUGAAUCAAAACGAUGGUAUCCUGCAUGUCAAAAGGAGGAUAGACAGGGAGGAGGUAUGCGAACGGACCAGCCCAUGUUUGAUCCAGCUGAAAACGGUACUGGAAACCCCCCUGGAGAUUCACUAUGUGGCAGUGGAAAUACUGGAUAUAAAUGAUCACGCGCCUGUUUUUCCAGAGAGGGAAAAGCGGCUCGAGAUUUCUGAGUCGGCUCUAGCAGGAGCGAGAUUUCAACUACAAGCAGCGCGCGACCUAGAUGUCGGCCUGUUCUCGAUUCAACAAUAUAAGCUCAGCCAUAGUGAAUAUUUUAGGGUAGAAGUCAAGGAUAGAGGCGCAGACCGUAAAGUGCCAUUUUUAGUUCUGCAGAAGCAACUUGAUAGAGAAACGACUGGCAGACAUAAGCUGCGUCUCACAGCCGUUGAUGGAGGAAAACCGGUGAAGUCUGGUGAUAUAGAAAUAGUUGUGGAUGUACUUGAUGUUAAUGACAACUCGCCAGUGUUCAAUGACGAUCUGUAUUCUGCCACACUACAAGAAAACGCCCCCAUUGGCACCCUAGUGAUUCAGGUAAAUGCAACUGAUUUGGAUUACGGUGCAAACGGUGAUGUCACAUAUUCAUUUGGUAAUGAAGUUGAUUCCACAUUAAUGGAGCUCUUUAGUAUUGACCCAGAGACAGGGGAAAUUCAAGUAACAGGUCCGAUAGAUUUCGAGAAAAGUAAAAGUUAUGAAAUUGACAUAAAAGCAUCUGACAGAGGACAAGUUCCACUGACAACUGCUAAAAGUGUUAUGAUAACUAUUAUUGACGUUAAUGAUAAUGCUCCUGAGAUAGAAGUGACAUCGUUUUCUAGCUCCAUCAAGGAAGAUUCUAAAAUUGGAACGACCGUGGCCCUCAUUAGCGUCAGUGAUUUAGACUCGGGCAUCAAUGGUAAAGUAAUUUGCACAAUCAAAGAAGGUGUUCCUUUUACUUUAUCACCUUCGUUGCAAGAAAACAUGUACGCUGCCGUAACAAGUAAGCAGUUGGACAGGGAAAAUAUUUCUCAAUAUUACGUCACAAUUACUGCCAAAGAUACAGGCGACCCCUCCUUUGUAACGGAAAAGACAAUAAGCGUCAUUAUAUCAGAUGUGAAUGACAACCGUCCAGAGUUUUUAUCAAGCCCUUAUACAUUUUAUAUCACUGAAAAUAACAGCCCAGCCGCGUCAGUAUUUUCAGUAAAAGCAUCUGAUCGUGAUGAAAAUGAUAAUUCUCUCGUCUCAUAUCACUUUGUGAGAGAUAUGGGUGGAGAUAAAGUGUCCUCGUUUUUAAACAUAAAUUCUGAAAAUGGAGACAUUAUGGCGUUAAAACGGUUCGACUUUGAAACACUGAAAACUUUCCAGUUCCACGUUGUUGCCUCAGAUUCCGGAACUCCGUCACUGAGCAGCAACGUCACAGUGAACGUGUUCAUUCUGGAUCAGAACGACAACGCUCCAGUCAUCCUGUAUCCAGUCAGCUCCAACGGUUCUGCUCAAGGUGUGGAGGAGAUUCCCCGCAAUGUGAACGCAGGAUACGUGGUGACUAAAGUCAGAGCCUAUGACGCUGAUAUAGGAUAUAACGGCUGGUUACUGUUUUCACUGCAGGAAGUCACUGAACACAGUCUCUUUACUUUGGAUCGCUAUACAGGACAGAUCAAAACACUACGUCCAUUCACAGAGACAGACGAGGCUGAACAUAAACUGGUCAUACUGGUCAAAGACAAUGGGAACGUUUCACUCUCAGCAACAGCUACUGUCAUUGUCAAAGUUGUGGAGCCCAAAGAAGCUUUUGCAGCUUCUGAUGUCAAAAGCUCAACAAAAUCAGAUGAGGACACUAAUGUGACUUUUUACCUGAUGAUAACUUUGGGCUCAGUUUCAGCUCUUUUUCUCAUCAGUAUCAUUGUGUUGAUUGCAAUGCAGUGUUCAAAGACCACAGACUAUACUUCUAAAUAUCUACAAGAGGCUAAUUAUGAUGGAACACUGUGCCACAGCAUCCAGUACAGAUCUGGAGACAAACGUUACAUGUUAGUUGGACCCAGGAUGAGUAUAGGAUCUACUAUAGUUCCAGGAAGCCAUGCGAAUACACUCGUGCUCCCUGACAGGAGGAGAACAUGUGAAGAGGUAAGAUGA